AAAACGUCAGAACAGAACAAUGUCAAACGUCAAACUGAAAUGGUAUUCGUACGUAUAGUGCAAUUAGUGAAAUUAUUUUGAAUCGCUAUAAUCAUGUGCUAGUAUUCAUCUUAAAUAAUAAUAGGUAGUCAAUCAAUUUGGUAAUUGGUGCUCCGUGACCUCCAGAUUUUUGUUAUGAUAUAAACUAAAUAUCAUUGCUAUUACUAUUAGCAAAUCAGCCGUGGCUUGGUGACAAGAAGACAGAUUACUAUUUAAUUCAAAAUAUAAUUUAUUUAUGAAAAUAAAAAAAUGUUUACGAUACAUGAUAUGAGGUGUAAAGAAUUGUUUUCUUCUUGAAUUCUCUAAUGUCAAGAGACGACAGCAUGGGCACCAUGAGCCGUAGCAGGUGACGGCGCGGCGGCGCGGGAACCGGAGCGAUGGCGACCUCGGGCCGGUGACGGUGGCAGCCAUGGCGGAGGCCGAGGGCGCGGGGCAGCCGGACGCGGUGCUGCUGGCGCCCCUGUCCGAGGACACGUUCCUGCACAACCUGCACGUGCGCUACAAACGAGACAUUAUAUACACGUACGUGGGCAACGCGCUGGUGUCCGUGAACCCGUGCCGCGCGCUGCCGCUGUACUCGGCGGAGCUAGUGCGCGCCUACCUGGCGCGCCCGCCCUACCAGUUGCCGCCGCACCUGUACGCGAUCACGGCGACGGCGUACCGCUGGGUGCGCGACAGGAACGAGACCCAAUGUAUAGUGAUCACGGGCGAGAGCGGCGCGGGCAAGACGGAGGCGGCGCGCGUGUGUCUGCAGUGCGCCGUGCUGGCCGGCGCGCCCUGCGCCCCGCGGUGCGCCCCCGCGCGCGCCCCCGCGGCCGCGCUGGCCGCGGCCGGCACGCUGCUGGAGGCCUUCGGCAACGCGGCCACGGCGCGGAACCACAACGCCAGCCGCUUUGGCAAGCUGCUGGAGAUCGAGUUUGACUUCAAGGGCGAGCCGGUGGGCGGACACAUCACGCACUACCUACUGGAGAAGGAGCGCGCGAGCGGCGCGGUGGCGGGCGAGCGCAACUUCCACGUGCUGUACCAGCUGCUGGCCGGCGCCGACGUCAGCCUGCUGAAGCGGCUGCGGCUGCAGCGCGCGUGGGAGCACUACCGCGUGCUGCGCGGCGCGCCGCCAGAGCCCGCGCCCACGUCCCCGCGUCGUGCCGCGCCCACGCCCCCGCCCGCGCCCCCGGCUGCGCCCCCAGCCGUCGACCAAGACCGAGACCACUUCGCCUUCACCAUGGCGGCGCUGCGCACGCUGGGACUGGGCGGCGCCGGCGACUCCGUGCUGCGCCUGCUGGCCUUCCUGCUGAAGCUGGGCAACGUGGACUUCGAGCCGCAGCACAACAUCGACGGCACCAUCGGCACGCGCCUGCAGCAGCGAUACGAGCUGGUGGAGGCGUGCGCGCUGGUGGGGGUGGACGCGGACGCGCUGGGCGCGGCGCUCGGCGCGGCCGACGAGGACGAGGGCGCGGCAGACGAGGGCGCGGCGGACGCGGGGUCCCCCGGGGGCGCGGCGUGGGCGGGGGCGCGGCGCGACCAGUUGCUGGCCGUGCUGUACUCGCGCCUGUUCACGUGGCUCGUCAACGCCGUCAACGACCACAUCAAGCCGGCCGAGGCGGGCAAGCGUUGCGCGCUCGGUAUACUGGACGUGUACGGGUUCGAGUCCCUGGCGCACAACGGGCUGGAGCGGCUGCUCAUCAACUACGCGGCCGAGCGCGUGCAGGCGGCCGUGACGGGCGCCACGCUGCGGCGCGAGCAGGACGAGUACGCGCGCGAGGGGCUCGCCUGGCGCCCGCUGCACUACGCCGACCACGAGGCGGGCGCCGCGCUGCUGGACGCCGGGCCCGACAGCGUGCUGGGCGCGCUGCGCGACUGCUCGGCGCGCGGCGCCAGCGACGCCGCCUUCCUGCAGCGCCUGCAGCGCCGCCGCCACCCGCGCCUGCUCGUGCUGCCGCCCGACCGCUUCCAGGUGCUGCACUUCGGCGGCGGCGUGGUGUACUCGGCGCGCGGCAUCGUGCACAAGAACCGCGACUCCGUGUGCCGGCGCUGCUGCGGCGUGCUGGGCGCGGCGCGCGAGCCGCUGCUGGGCGCGCUGUUCGCGGACGGGGGCGCGGGCGCGGGCGGGGGCGCGGGGUCGCCGCGGCGGCCGGCGGCGCUGGGCUGCCGGCAGCGCGCGCUGGUGGGCGCGCUGGUGCGGCGGCUGCCGGCGGCGCCGCGCCUGGUGCGCUGCCUGCGCGCGGACAAGGCGCUGCGCCCGCACCGGUUCGACGCCGCCGACGUCCGCCACCAGAUCCGCUCGCAAGGUAUUAUGGACAUGGCGCUGUUGCGGCGGAGCGGCUGGUGCGAGUCCAUGUGCGCGCGCGCACUGCUGGCGCGCUACGGGCUGCUGGCGGGGGCGCGCGCCGGGGCCGCGGGCGCCGCCUCGCCCCGCGCCUCGCCCGGGCCGCGCGCCGACGAGCCCGUGCGGGCGGCGCGCGCGCUGCUGCGCUCGCUGCCCAUCCCGAGCGCCGAGUUCGCGUACGGGCGCUCGCGCGUGUUCAUCCGCAGCCCGCGCACCGUGUGGGAGCUGGAGGCGCUGCGCGCCGCGCGCGUGGCUGCGCUCGUGGUGAGCGCGCAGCGCGCCUGGCGCCGCCACCGCUUGCGGCGCCGCGCGCGCGCCGCGGCCGUGCUGGCGCGCGCCUGGCGGCGGCACCGCGCGCGCCGGCCGGCGCCGCUGGCGCGCGCGGCCGCGGCCGUGCUGUGGCGCGCGUGGGCGGCGGCGGCGCGGCGGCGCUACCUGCUGGGGCUGUGGCGGCGGCUGCCGGCGCGCCACCUGUCGCCGGCGAGCGCGGGCUGGCCGACACUGGCGGCGCCGCGCCUGCUGGGCCGCACGGACGCGCUGCUGCGGCGCCUGCACCACGCGUGGCGCUGCCGCCUGUACCGCGCCGCCUUCGACCAGACGGCGCGCAACCGCAUGCGCGAGAAGGUGACGGCCAGCGUGCUGUUCAAGGAGCGCAAGGCCAACUACGGCUGCAGCGUGGCGCACCCGUUCGUGGGCGACUACGUGCGCCUGCGCGCGUCGGCGGCGUGGCGGCGCGGGCUGGGCGCGGCGGGCGACCGCUACGUGGUGUUCGCGGACGUGGUGGGCAAGGUGGCGCGGUCGAGCGGGCGCGUGGCGCGCUGCCUGGCCGUGCUGUCCACGGGCGCGCUGCUGCUGCUGGACGCGCGCUCGCUGCGCCUGAAGCGGCGCGUGCCGGCGCAGUCGGUGUACCGCCUGUCGCUGUCGCCGUACGCGGACGACCUGCUGGUGGUGCACGUGCGCGCGAGCGGGGGCGGCGCCCUGGACAGUUCGGCGGAGGAGCUGUCGCAGUGCUCCUCGCGGGACGUGCCCGACGCGCCCGGCUGUCUGUUCGGGGGCGAGGGCGCGUGGCGGCGGCGCGGCGACGUGGUGGUGCGCACGUGCCACGUGCUGGAGCUGGCCACGAAGCUGUUCCUGGUGGUGCAGAACGCGGUGGGCGCGCCCCCGCACGUCAACAUCGCCACGGAGUUCGAGGCCAACUUCGGGCAGCAGCUGGUGACGCUGUCGUUCCACGCGCUGGGCGAGGGCGGCGGCGCGCGCCUGCUGCGGCGGGGCUCGCGCAUGGACGUGCUGGUGUGACGCCCGCGCCCCGCACCACGGGAGAAGGGCGAAGCGCGCCCUCGCACUACAGGACGAGGGCGAAGCGCGCCCCCGCACUAUUGGAGGAGGACAGGCGCGCCCCGCCACUCCUUCUGUACGUCCGUAAAACUAUCAG